GCAAAACAUAUAGCUAUAACCCAUGGCUUCCCCUUACUCCAUUUUUUUCUAUGCACUUGUUCUUUUGCCAUCCACCGUUACAGCCGAAGAACGAUCGCCACAUGGCGUCGCUAAUGCUGUCCCGAUUGCAAUCUCACCCGAGGCAUAUGCAUUUUUCCACCCCGACACUCAACGCAGCCACAAUAGUACUACUGCUAGAGAAGGACUAUGUAGUAAUAAUAGAUCAGAGUCAGAAUGCUCACCGGUUCCCGCGGCUUCUUAUGUUCAGUCGAGUCUUGAUCACGGAAGCAGGAGUGUGAACAGUGGAGGAAGAUAUAUGGUCGGAGCCGGAGCCUGGGUUUUGAUCGGCUUGGCAUUUGCCGCACUCUUGGCACUCAGCGGCGUUCUCUUUGUGAUGGUCAAACGGGUGCACAGUUUGAACAAGGACAAUGAUGCUGCAAUGGUAAAGGCAAAGGAAAAGCCAGAAGUUUGAGAGCACACCUUGAUUCCGGUUCUAGCUGCCUUGUCUGUUGAAACUAGAUAGGACACAUGCUUCUAGUUGAUGGCAACCUUUGGACUGUCACACAACCUGAAACACAAACAGAAAAUAGUAGAAUUUGGUGUGUGUGUGUGUGUGUUGUGUGUGUGUGUGUAUCAGUAAAAUUCUCUUAUGAGCAUGGUUGAAAUGUCAUCGUCCUUAACAAAAGCCAAACAGACUUUAUCUUGCCAAAGUCUUGGAAUUAAAGCCUGGAAAUGUAUGAUAUUAUCGACAAUGUUAAGUUUGUUUGGCUAUCUUGUUGAAGAAAUGUAAGGCAUUUCU